AUUAGUGGACAUUAGAUUCUAAUGAGAUAUCUCAGGGUUUGCAGUACAAAAAGGGGCGAUGACAUCAUUGAUGUUAUUUUACCCCUGAUCAAGUUAUCGCCAACUGAACAACACCUUGAAUUCUAUCUCAAUGCUACAGUUACUACACGUUUAAUAUGGCAAUUACUCUCCCAACCGUCUUGAUUACCGGCUGCAGCGCUGGUGGAAUCGGAUCUGCUCUGGCUGAAGAAUUCCACACUCGCGGCCACCAUGUCUUCGCAACAGCGCGUUCUCUAUCCAAAAUGUCCCAUUUGGAGACUCUCCCCAAUAUAACCCUACUAGAGCUUGAUGUCACAUCCCAAGAGAGUAUCAACACUGCUGUCAGGUCUGUUGAGGCUAAAACAAAUGGUAAAUUAGACUAUCUUGUCAACAACUCUGGCCAGGCUAUGACAAUGCCUGCGUUGGACACGGAUCUGGAACAGGCGAAGAAGCUAUUCGACGUGAACUUUUGGGGAGUAGUUGCUGUUACGCAGGCUUUUUCCCCAUUGGUAAUUACUGCUAGUAAAGGGACGAUUGUUAAUAUUGCUUCGCUUGCGGCUGUUUUCUAUGUCCCAUGGAUGGUUUUCUACAACGCUUCAAAAUCCGCAAUAAGAUCUUAUGGCGAAACUCUCCGUCUUGAAAUGGCCCCAUUCGGGGUCAAAGUAGUGACAGUCAUGACAGGCAUGGUAGGAACAAACAUCAGCACCAAUUCUCCAGAGGUCGAACUACCUCCAAGCUCACGGUAUCAUGGAGCCAUUGACCAAAUUAAUGAUCUACGCACGGGAGCAUCUGUUGGAUCUAGUAUGCCUGCCUCGGUAUAUGCUAAGCGGGUUGUGAAUGAUGUGCUUCGGGGCACUACUGGCCUCACUUGGAGAGGGAAGAUGGCAUCUGUGGGACGGACUAUUACCUCCAUCUUGCCUACCUGGUUGAUAGACCGCAGUUUAGUUUCUGGGAGAGGAUUGGAGCAUGUGGGGUGAUCGUUGUUUUGUUAGAAUGUAAAUAUGUCAUAAUACCUCGACUUUUAGACGUCUCGCGCUUGGGCAUAUCCAAUUGGAAAGUUGAGCAGCAUCAGUUAGGGCUUUUGUUCUUACAUGAUGCAGACUCUCUCAAUCCUAG